ACGACCCGAAUCGGCUUGGUUUAGAAACAACCCUAAUCCCUUGAUCCUCGACAGUCGACUCUUGCGUUACCUCCUCCCUCUCCGACGUUGACGCCAUUGCCGUAUCUCUCGUCGCCAUAGGCGGUAACAGUCGGCUGCUUCUUGCCGAUGGUGGAGCUACCUCCCCUUCUUGGUCCCUGCUGACGGCGGACCACCCGAUCCGACGCCAACUCCAGACAUCUCUCCGCUAUUUUCUUAGUUGGAGUGUAGCAGGAUCAUACUUUUAAUGCUCUAAGCAUGAGCCUAGGGGCAGAAUCUUCAUUGCAAUCUUCAAGCAGCAGUGAAGACUUUGCGGCUUUUCUUGACUCAGAGUUGGAAUUGGCUUCUUGCGACAGUUCUCCUAAUGAAGGGGAUGUGACAAAUAAUGAGGAAAUUGAUCCUCCGCAAAGGAGUAAAAGACAAAAAAUGGAGGGGUUUGAGACUUCAGAAGAUCUUGAAACUGAAAGAUUGGUCAAGCCAAUUGAAGAACAUAUUGGUACAUCUACUCUUGGAAAGAAUGUAAUAUGUCCUCCACAUCCUGGUUUCUUUAAAGGAUUAUGCAUCAGAUGCGGGCAAAUAGAAGAAGAUGAAUCAGGUGUUGCAUUUGGUUAUAUCCAUAAGGAUUUAAGACUAGGUAAUGUGGAAAUGGCGAGGCUACGUGGUGCAGAUCUGAAGAGUUUGUUGCAUAAGAAAAAGUUGAUAUUGAUCUUAGAUUUGGACCAUACUUUACUCAACUCAACACGUCUUGUUGAUGUCAUUUCUGAUGAAGAAUAUUUGCUAAGACAGAUUGAUGGGAUGAAAGAUGAUCCAGACAGAAGCUUAUUCAGAUUGGAUUCUAUGCAUAUGUUGACAAAGUUGAGGCCCUUUGUCAAUAAUUUUCUGAAAGAAGCAAGUUCUUUAUUUGAGAUGUACAUUUAUACUAUGGCAGAGCGUUCUUAUGCUAUUGAAAUAGCCAAGCUCCUUGACCCUGGUAAAGUCUACUUUGAUUCAAAAGUAAUCACUCAAGCUGAUUGCACCCAGAGACAUCAGAAAGGCCUGGAUGUGGUACUUGGUGCUGAAAGCCUUGUUGUGAUUCUUGAUGACACAGAAGUUGUCUGGCAAAGACACAAAGAUAAUCUGAUUCAAAUGGAGAGAUACCACUUCUUUGCUUCUAGUUGUCGCCAAUUUGGUUUUAAUGCUAAAUCAUUGUCUGAACUGAUGAAAGAUGAAAGAGAAUCUGAUGGUGCACUUGCGACUGUUCUAAAAAUUUUGAAGCGAACUCACCAAAUGUUUUUCGAUCCAGCCCUCGGUUCCGAUGUGUCAACAAGAGAUGUAAGGCCAUUACUUAAAGGCAUACGGCGAGAAAUAUUACAAGGGUGCAAAAUAGUUUUCAGUCGAGUAUUUCCAUCCAAUUCACUGGCCCAGGAUCAACCAAUCUGGAAGAUGGCAGAACAAUUAGGAGCAACAUGCUGCACAGAAGUGGACCCAUCGGUGACGCAUGUUAUCUCGACGGAUACAGGUACCCAAAAGGCGCAUUGGGCGACACAGAACAAGAAGUUUUUGGUCAAUCCACACUGGAUUGAAGCAUCGAACUUCUUGUGGCAACGUCAGAAGGAAGAGAAUUUUUCUAUCAGCAAUCUCCCAAGCCACACAACUGUUGAUUGCACUGCAAAAGCCCAAGAAAGUGUUCAAUGAUGGCCCGGUUGGUCUUUUAUGUUUCCUUGAAGCACAUUUGUUGCUGAUAUUUCAGUUCCUUUAACAAGCUAAUAUCCCUGUUCAUCUUGUGAGGAUUUUAGAUUUUCAAAACACCAUGUAAAUUUUUGCUCAUAGUCGACUCCCCCAUUUUACUCGACAAAAACAGAGUCAGUCCUAGGGGCGACGGUAUAUUAAUGGUAGUAUCACAAUGUUGUUCUAUCGCUGUGCAUCUUGUAUCGUAUUAAUGGUAAUAUCAAUCUUGUUCUGUCUC